AUGGAGUAUUUCUCAAGACUCAUGGCAAGAAUGAGCAAGCUGCCUAAUUUCAGAUAUCACCCAGUGUGUAAAGAACAACAGCUCACCCAUCUCACUUUUGCUGAUGAUCUAAUGAUAGUCUGCAAAGGGACAGACGCUUCAGUAACUAGAGUCAUGGAGGCUAUAAAAUGUUUCACAGAUACUACUGGUUUAGCUGCAAAUAGUGAUAAGUCAAGCGUAUUCAUAACAGGGGUAAAAGACAAUGUCAAAGAAAGGCUGUUGGAGAUUACUGGUUUUGUAGCAGGCACUUUUCCAAUAAAAUACCUUGGGUUGCCUUUGUCUCACAAGAAAUGGAGCAAGAUGCAAUGCCAUCAGUUAUGUCUUAAGAUCACUGAGAAGAUCAGGGCCUCAGCAACUAGGCACCUGUCAUAUGCAGGUAGAAUCCCAGUAAUUAAUUCAGUGUUAUUUUCCUUGUAUAAUUUUUGGGGAUCAGUAUUCUUACUCCCCCAGAGUGUACUGAAACUGGUGGACAAGCAACGUAGAGAGUUUCUAUGGGGCUCUAAAGAGGAAGGAAGGAAGAUUGCACUAGUAGCUUGGCAUGAUCUAUGCUGGCCAAAGAAACAGGGUGGGUUGAAUGUGAAGAACUGCAGAUUGUAG